GUAACUGCGUGUAACCUAAACUGACUGUGACUGACUGGUGAAACUUGUUUUCACGAUGCAAGCAACAUUGAUGCAACUAUUGGAGAAUAACUAACUCACAAAUAUUUAAUUACACAGAUAUUAAUUUUAUUACAAACAUAUUAUAUCGGAGAAUUGAUAGAUAAGUGAAACAAGAUUUAGCAACAUGGUUCAGAAUAAAUAUCGGCCUUCACGUUUGACUCCAAAACAUUUGGAUCCAAACUGUUUAAUGUUUUCCAUGUUUACUGCGAAUGAUAUACGAAACUUGAGUGUCACUAAAAUAAGGACACCUUUAUCAUUUAAUAUAUUGGGACAUCCAUUGAGAGGAGGAUUAUACGAUCCAGCAUUAGGUCCACUUAUGGAAAGUUCAGAUCCAUGUGGAACAUGUGGAUGCAAUGUAUUUAAAUGUCCAGGUCAUUUUGGUCACAUAGAAUUACCUGUGCCAGUUGUAAAUCCGUUGUUUCACAAAGGAUUGUGUAUGCUAAUUAAACUAACAUGUUUACAAUGUUUUACUCUACAAAUUCCACCAUACGUAAAACUGUUGCUGCAAGCAAAGUUAAUGUUACUUCAGCAGGGUUAUCUUAGUGAACUUGAAGGGUUGGAACAAGAAGUAAUGAUUCUUGUUUCUGAUUCGAACAGUCCUUAUAACAGCGAUGUGCAAUUAAUUCAAGAUGUUAUAGACAGUUACAUAGAGAAUCUUAUCACUAAAACAAGAUUUAAUAAGUCCAGUAUGCAGUACAAUGAAAUGCAACUGAAUACAAAAAAUAUCAAUAUGCAGUGGCACACAUAUGUUGAAAAUGUCCUUAAGCAAUAUACAACACAUAAAAUUUGUAGCAAUUGUAACGAAAUUAUACCAAAAAUGACGACAUUAAAGAAUAAAAUUAUGACAACUAAAAUGUUCAAAGAGGUUGAUGGAAGACAAGUACAAUCACAGCGUGGAGGAGUAGUUCAUAGAUUAGAAACAGUGAUGGUAAUGCCAGAUCAAUCUAAGGAAUAUCUCAGAAAACUUUGGGAAAAUGAAAAAGAUUUUCUCAAAGUAAUUAUACCGUGCUUUGGAAUGGUAGAUAUUGAAUAUCCAACCGACGUAUUUUUCUUCGAAGUGAUACCGGUUCUACCACCUAUAGUCAGGCCAGUCAAUUUUGUCAACGGUCAAAUGAUAGAACAUCCACAGUCUCAGGUCUACAAAAGCAUUAUUCAAGAUUGUCUUGUUCUCAGAAAUAUUAUUCAGACUAUUCAAGAUGGAGAUACAGAUCAAUUACCAGAAGAGGGUAAACUGGUAUUUGAACAAAUAAAAGGUAACACAGCAGCAGAGAAACUGCACAACGCUUGGCAAAGUUUGCAAGUAAAUGUUGAUCACUUAAUGGACCGUGACAUGAACAAAACAGCCGACUCUGCAAAUUGUCAGGGAUUGAAACAAGUUAUUGAAAAAAAGGAAGGAGUCAUUCGAAUGCACAUGAUGGGUAAACGAGUCAACUUUGCUGCCCGUUCAGUUAUCACACCGGAUCCUAAUUUGAAUAUAGAUGAAAUCGGGAUCCCUGAAGCCUUUGCGUUGAAAUUAACGUAUCCGACGCCUGUUACCCCAUGGAACGUUGUGCAACUGCGACAGCUAGUUUUAAAUGGCCCCGACGUUCAUCCUGGCGCGGUAAUGAUUGAAAAUGAAGACGGAAGCAUACAACGUAUCUCUUCAACAAAUGCUACUCAAAGAGAAGCCAUUGCAAAACGGCUUUUAACGGCUAGCGAUAAAGCAAACAAGUUCUUUAGAGGCAUUAAGAUUAUACAUAGACAUCUACAAAAUGGAGACAUCUUAUUACUAAAUCGUCAGCCAACUUUACAUAAACCUAGUAUAAUGGCUCACAAAGCACGUAUUUUAAGAGGGGAAAAAACACUACGUCUUCACUAUGCCAAUUGCAAGGCUUAUAAUGCUGAUUUCGAUGGCGACGAAAUGAACGCGCAUUAUCCCCAAAAUGAGCUUGCUAGGAGUGAAGGAUACUAUAUAGCAAAUGUAUCUAAUCAGUACCUUGUACCCAAGGACGGUACUCCGUUAAGCGGUCUUAUUCAAGAUCAUGUGGUUUCUGGCGUACGUAUGACAGUGAGAGGAGCAUUCUUCACCAGAGAAGAUUACAUGCAAUUAGUCUAUGCUGCUUUGUCUACAAUGCAAAAAAAUAUAAUUCUUCUUCCACCUACUAUUAUAAAACCAGUACCUCUGUGGUCUGGAAAACAGAUUGCGUCGACUGUUAUUAUUAAUAUCAUUCCACCGAAUCAAGCACGUAUUAAUUUGACAUCCAGCGCUAAGAUCAGCGUGAAAGAUUGGCAGAUUGUGAAAGCGCGACGUUGGAAAUGCGGUACUGAAUUUUCAGAUCCCAAGACAAUGUCAGAGGCAGAAGUCAUUAUACGAAACGGAGAAUUAUUGUGCGGUGUGCUCGACAAAACGCAUUAUGGUGCCACCCCAUUUGGUCUUAUACACUGCAUGUAUGAGCUCUACGGUGGUGCAUGCUCUACGAAAUUACUGAGCGCUUUUGGUAAAUUGUUUCAGGCUGGUUUACAAAGAAACGGGUUUACGUUAGGUGUUGAAGAUAUCUUGUUGGUAAAAAAAGCAGACGCGAAACGAAAAGAAAUUAUUUCAAAUUGCCGACAAAUUGGAGAAGAUAUCCAAAAGUCUAUACUGGAAUUACCCGAGGAUACACCAAUGGACGUGGUUACAGCGAAAAUGGAAGAAUCUUAUUGGAGUAAUUCGAAAUUCCGUGCACAGGUUGAUCGGAAAUAUAAAAGUGCAUUAGACGUUUACACUAAUGACAUAAAUAAAACAUGUUUACCUGCCGGUCUUCUGAAAAAGUUCCCAGAAAAUAACUUGCAACUGAUGGUACAAUCUGGUGCGAAAGGUUCAACUGUAAAUACUAUGCAAAUAUCGUGUUUGCUUGGGCAAAUUGAAUUGGAAGGAAAAAGACCACCUUUAAUGAUAAGUGGAAAAAGUCUUCCAAGUUUUCCUGCUUAUGAUCCAACACCAAGAUCCGGUGGUUUUAUUGAUGGCCGUUUCAUGACAGGAAUCAAACCGCAAGAAUUUUUCUUCCAUUGUAUGGCUGGUCGUGAAGGUCUCAUUGAUACUGCUGUAAAAACUAGUAGAUCAGGAUAUUUACAACGAUGCCUUAUUAAACAUCUCGAGGGGUUAGUUAUAAAUUACGACUCAACAGUACGUGAUUCGGAUGGGAGUUUAGUACAAAUUUAUUACGGGGAGGAUGGACUUGACAUACCAGGCUCAAGAUUUUUAAGGAAAGAACAAAUUAACUUCUUAGUAGAUAAUAGAAAUGCUAUUGUUAAUCAACAGAUAGUUAAAAGCCUGAAAGAGGAUUCCGAUACAGACCAAAUUUUAAAACUAGCGAAAAAGAUUAAAAAAUGGGAAAAUAAGAAUGGAAGCGCUUUGCAGAAGAGGAGAAUUGGUCCUUUUCUGAAAUAUUCUGCGCAGGAUCUAAAUAUUAAGAGUAAAAAAUAUAAAGAAAUUGAUGAAAAUACUGGCAGAAACAAAGCUGCACUUUCUUUUAUGAGGAAGUGGAUAAGAGCCUCUGAAGAAGAAAAAACUGCUAUGUAUGUGCAAUGUAUCAAAUGUCCUGAUCCGGUAAUAUCACAGUACAGGCAAGACAUAGAUUUUGGUGUACUUUCUGAACGAUUAGAAAAUUUAAUAGACGAAUAUGUUGCUAACAAGUCUAAGAAUUCACCAAUAAGAAAGAGCGAUUUAAGGGACCUUUUGUCCAUGAAGGUAAUGAAUAUUGUUUGCCCACCUGGUGAACCAGUCGGUUUGCUAGCAGCACAGUCGAUAGGAGAACCAUCAACUCAAAUGACUUUAAACACUUUCCACUUUGCUGGUCGUGGAGAGAUGAACGUUACUCUGGGUAUACCCAGGUUACGUGAAAUCCUUAUGAUGGCAUCGAAGAACAUUAAAACACCCAGCAUGGAAAUACCGUUUAAAAAGGAUUUAAAGAAUCUAACGAAACGCUCAAACAAAUUAAGACUGAAGCUGACUAAAUGUAUUUUAUCAAACGUUUUACAUAAUGUUACAAUAGAUAGGAAAAUGGAGCAGUGGCCAAAUCGACAAUUGGUGCAUACUAUGACUAUUAAUUAUCUUCCACACAAAUCUUAUAAAAGAGAAUUCUGUAUUCAACCGCACGAGAUACUAAAAAAGACGGAAGAAAUAUUUUUCCGGGAAUUGUUUAAAGAAAUUAGAAAGGUUGCGAAAGUAACAGGGGCUUUGUUACACGUUCAAGAGGACAAGAAGCCUACGUAUGAGGAUGAUGCAUUGUUAGAUCAAGCCGAACCAGAUGAAAGAUCGGAAUUAAAACCACGAACAAACUUAGGGGAAACACAUGAAUCCUCAGAUGAAGAUGAAGCAGCAGAGGAUGCGGAUGCAACUUUAAGCCGAAGUAUUUCGCGGCACAGAGAAAAUCAAGAAUACGAAGAUCCAGAAGGGGAGGAAGUAGAUGAUGUGAAUGAAAAGGAAGAUGAUGGUAUUACUGAGAAUGACAAUGAAAAAUCGAAAGAUACGGAAGAACAAGAGAUAGAUGAUGAUAAUGAUGACAAUGAGAAUGAAAAAUUUCGGUGUGUCGCAAGUGAAAUGUAUAAUACGCAAAGAAAACAAGAUGUAACGAACAUGUAUGCUAAUGCGCUAGAUUAUGAUUAUGAUGAAGAUAAACAUUCAUGGUGCAAAUUCACAUUUUGGUUACCUCUUAAAAUGAUAAAAUUGGAUUUACCAACGAUCAUUAGAAAUGUUGCAAACAGAGUUGUUUUAUGGGAAGUACCGCAUAUAAAACGUGCUUUCACAUUCCAAAAUAAUGAUGGUGACACAGUUCUAAAAACAGAUGGCAUAAACAUAAUAGAAAUGUUUAAAUAUGACAAAGCAUUAGAUGUGAAUAAACUCUAUUGUAAUGACAUUUAUGGUAUUUCCCAAACAUAUGGUAUUGAAGCAGCUAAUAGAGUUAUUGUAAAAGAAGUGAAAGAUGUGUUCAAAGUGUAUGGAAUCACUGUCGAUUCUCGUCACUUAUUAUUGAUCGCAGAUUACAUGACUUUUGAUGGUAGAUUUCAACCUCUUAGCCGUAAAGGAAUGGAAGAUUCCGCCUCUCCUUUGCAACAAAUGAGCUUUGAAAGUUCUCUUAAUUUCUUGAAAAAUGCUACAUUACAAGGAAAACAGGAUAACUUGGUGUCUCCUUCUAGUCGAUUAAUGUUAGGUCAACCUUGUAAAUCCGGUACAGGAGCCUGUUCGUUAUUAAUAAAGAUAUGAAAGCAAUCAGAGGUCACAUCGUCAGUGGGUGUAUAGCUAUAAAAAGACGAAAUAUUUUUAAUGAACUGUUAUAUAUUGAAACAAUG